GGUUGCCUGGUGUUAAUUGGGGUUCUCUCUAUGGUUGUUUUUGUGGUCUACAAGUCGUUCACCAGCGUACUCCCACAUUACUUUGUGGUCCCCCACCAGAACUGGAGGGAACGAAUUGCCAAAGUUAUCAAGCAUGACAAACCCAUUUACUUGAAUGUAGGGUACAAAAGAUCGAGCUAUCGUCGUCGUCUUAUACUUGCCAGUAUUCAGCCGUCUUUCUAUACGAAUUUCAGAAACAACAAGAUCAAGCUUCAGCCAGAAGAUGCCGCGAAGGAUAAUCAACGGUUCCUCACAGAGAUGAGAAGAAGAGGUGUAGACGAUCCGAGCAGAAAGCUUCUAUAUGGCUUUUUCCAUCCGUAUGCCAAUAAUGGUGGUGGUGGUGAAAGAGUGUUGUGGCAGGCUGUUGGAGCUACACUAGAAGCCAAUGUCAGAAAUAUCGCUGUAGUGUAUACCACCAAUAUUGAAGCAGAACCGCUUCAGAUUUUGCAAAAGGCUGAGGAUAAGUUUCAAGUAAGUGGUUUAGAUUCUUCAAGAAUCGUUUUUAUAUAUUUGCGUAGGUUUGGUCAUUUGAUAGAUGGUGCUUACUGGAAGCAUUUCACACUAAUUGGCCAAUUGGUGGGAUCUAUGUUACUUGGGCUUGAAGCCUUGUUUGAACUCACUCCCGAUAUCUGGAUUGACACCAUAGGCUUACCCGGAAGUUAUUUGUCAGUAACAUUCAUAUUGAGACUUCCUAUUCUUGCCUAUGUUCAUUAUCCCAUCAUCCAAUCAGACAUGUUCAAUAAAUUGAAGUUUAAGGCGUUCACCACGGCCGAGUUUGGGGAGUUUAACUUCAGUGCCAGAGACUUUGUAGAAGCUGGCAAGUUUGUUUACUGGUCUAUGGUGUACUACUUCUAUGUGUAUUUGGGCUCUACGGUAGAUGUGACAUUAGCCAAUGGCACUUGGACAUUCAAUCAUAUCUCCAACAUCUGGUCUUUCAACCGUAUCUUGGGCCACAAGUUGGAAAAGUUGUAUCCUCCUUGUGGAACAGAGACGUUGACUAAGGAAGUGAAUCUUGAACAAAAGAGAGAAAACAAAUUGUUGUAUAUUGCCCAGUUCCGUCCCGAGAAAAGACACUCGUUGUUUGUAGACGAAUAUGCGCAGUUUUUGAAAAAGAACUUUGCCAACGUCAAGGCUGACGAUGCUGAUAUUCCCAAGUUGGUGUUUCUCGGUUCAUGUAGAACUGCUGACGAUACUGCAACUUUGCACUUGAUUCAAAGCAAAGUCGAGAAGGCUGGAUUACAGGAUUAUGUUGAAUUUAUUGUUGACUGUUCAUAUGACGAAGUUGUCGACCAGCUUUCCCGAGCCAAGUUUGGUUUGAAUGCCAUGUGGAACGAACACUUCGGAAUAGGUGUAGUUGAAUAUUUGGCUCGUGGCGUGGUUCCGUUGGUACAUGCCUCAGCAGGUCCAUGGUUGGAUAUUGUUACGGGCUGGAACGAUGAAGAAAACAAGCUCAAUUGGCACAACAACUCUGGCUUCUUUUUUAAAAGCAUGGAUGAUCCUGAUUUUGAUCCUUCCGUUCAAGAAGAAACUGAAGAGGGAUUCAUUACUUUUAAUGUAGAAAUCGAGCAAGGGGAGGUACAGAGAGCUCAAUACCCUAGUUUCUCGGGAUUGCUCUACCACAUCUUUGUCAAGUCACCAGAGUUGGUUUCUGACAAACGGUUGGACGAAAUGAGACACAACGGGUUGAGGUUGGUGAAGGAGAAAUUUUCCAAUGGAGUUUUUAGUGAAAGCUGGAAGAAGUACGUAGGUGAACUCGAGGAGUUGGAGGUGGACUACCGUUCCGAGAAGGACGACGUGGUGCAGGUGUAUUGAUAAUAAGAAUAAUGUAUAUAUAAGAUAUUUCCAAUGUAUAAAGAAGUUUC